CCCGAUCCGCCGCCGCCGCCGUCACCAUCCACCGCCACCGCCACUAUAUAACCGGCCUCGUUUUGAAAUCCCCCCUCCUCCUUCCUCACUCCACUGGGUGCCAUGUCUGUGGCGGUGGAUCCGGUGGCGGCGGGGCUGGGGACGAGCGGAGGCGGCGCGAUCGGGGUGGGGGUGGGAGGCGGCGCGGCGGCGAUGGACGGGGCGCGGCCGGUGGACCUCGCCAGGCACCCGUCCGGCAUCGUCCCCGCCCUCCAGAACAUUGUCUCAACAGUCAAUUUGGAUUGCCAGUUGGAUCUGAAAAUGAUUGCCUUACAGGCUCGUAAUGCAGAGUACAAUCCAAAGCGUUUUGCUGCAGUUAUCAUGAGGAUACGGGAGCCGAAGACAACAGCUCUAGUGUUUGCUUCAGGGAAGAUGGUUUGCACCGGAGCAAAGAGUGAAGAACAUUCAAAGCUUGCUGCAAGGAAGUAUGCGCGAAUCAUCCAGAAGCUUGGGUACCCAGCCAAGUUCAAGGAUUUCAAGAUCCAGAAUAUGGUUGGCUCUUGUGAUGUAAAAUUUCCGAUUCGUUUGGAGGGCCUUGCUUAUUCACAUGGUGCCUUUUCUAAUUAUGAGCCGGAGCUCUUUCCUGGGCUGAUUUACCGUAUGAAGCACCCUAAGAUCGUGCUCCUAAUUUUUGUUUCCGGCAAGAUUGUUCUUACUGGAGCCAAGGUGCGCGAAGAGAUAUACACCGCCUUUGAGAACAUCUACCCGGUGCUAACUGAGUACAGGAAAUGUCAGAAAUGAUCGAGAGGAGGAUAUCCAUCAGCCAAAUGGGACUUCUGCUGCAGCCGAUGUACAUAACAGACCUGACUGCCUGAUUUUUGGACAUGAGCUGCUGCUCGCGUCCGAUUCUAAUUUCUUGUUUGUUCAAAAGGAGGGCAGUAGUGCAAAAAAGAAAAGAAAAAAAGCUCCCUUGUGAACAGUCUGAGCAAAGAAUGGCUCUGCAUUUAUGAUGACUUGAGUUAAACUGUUACCGUCUCUUGACUCUUGGUAGCAAGUUCCUAGGUGACUAGGAACUCUUUAUUAGUCAUGAAAUUUUCCUAGCAUCA